GGAUUUCCUUCACAACAGUCAGAAUGAACGGUAGGGAGCAGCUGCUGCGGCAGAACCGUUCAAUGUCACCAGUGACCGGGGGAGAUGGUUUUGAAGCCAGGGUGGUAAAGAUUGUUUCCGUGGGUUUAUGAAGACAUUCUUCCAAGUAAGUUUCAGUCAUGGGUCACUUUGCUUGUUCUGUGAGGAUUUCACUCGGAGGUACAUCGGUUUAAUACAGGGGAUGGCCUGUCGCGAGGGUGUUAACUGUUGACUGUACUGAAAACCGACUGAUAAGUCCUUAAUUACAAGGCGAGGUGUAAUUAUGGAGAGCUGAUGUUUGCUUGGAAAGUACGUUUUCCCAAGAAAUGGGGAGGCAAUAUGAAUAUAAUCGGCUAUUUAACAACACAUUGCAACAUUAUCUCUCACGGUAGAGCCACAAUUCGUUUUAUUUAAAAAAAAUCCUUCUGGAGAGGCCUAAACUUCCAAUUUUAAUGUUAUUUUAAAUGGCUGUUCAAUCCAUACCAUCUUUUCUUCAGGGUGUAAAAAAAUGCAUCAGUUACUCGCGCACGUGUCGCGCCAAUUAAGAUAUCAACUUUGGGGAUCUGCACUGACCCGCCGAUUAACCUUAUUUACUCUUAUUUAGACACCAGUAACCAUAGAGUCAGGUUAGAAAUGGAGAACAUUAGCUGUAGCACCUGUUGCACUGCUGUGUGCUGUUUUCCAUAUGGAUGCAUCAUCCAGUAUAAUUCAGUAUGGGUCAAUUAAGGAUAGUAUGCUGAUAGACCGUCACCUGGGGAGGCUUUCGAGUACAGCCUUCACAGAAGCAAUGUGACUGAAUUAACACAAUAGUAUAAAAUGAUGUGUGUCUGAGAAGUGCAACUUAUACAUCAAUGAAAAUAAAAACAAAGCAGUGAUAAUUGUGUUAUUCCUGUUUGUUUAUAAUAGAGAGAAAAAAGAUAAACAGUUGCCAGAUUUGGGUGUUACUUUACAUCCCCUGUCUUAGCAAAUACUACUGUCAUGACUUGACACAAUAUGUGUCUUUUCAAAAAAAAAGAGUUGCUAAAUCAUGGGGAUGAUCUACACAAUAUUACAUAACAAUAGUCACAUUUGAAAACCUGCCAUGUGACCAUACUUCUUACUGUAUUUAAGCCGAAAUUGUUGCAUAUUUCGUAAGUUAAAAAAUAGCUCUUUUGGAGUUCAUUUAUUCCCUCCUGACAUAAAUUUGUUCCCGGUUUUUAUUCUUUUGAUGGUCAAUCAGUCAGAGAACAUGAAACAUAGCGCUUUAUGUGUUCUUUCUUUGAUGCAACCCUCUUUGAAGCACUGGCAGUGAAUAGCAUGCAUACUCAGAUGGCUCUUUAAAGCAGGGAGAAACCAUUUACUGAAAAAAGAUUUAGAUUUGAACCACCGGAUACAGGGUUGGCAGCGUAUUCUACAUUGUGUUAUUGUGCUCCUUGUUUAUAUUGUCAUGGUGACUUUGUUAAGGCCUCAGAGACUGUCGCUCUCUAACCAAGAUGUAGUGGGAGCUAUAGGGUAGCACAUGUCUGCUCCAGGCUUGGGCAAUAAAACUGUGAACUGAAAUGUUUGGGUUGAAUCGACUGCUAUUAUCUGAGAGGGAAGCCGUCCUGUUACAUCAAACAAAAAAGAUUAACAAAAUAUAUUAAAUCGGGGGGCGUUUACAUCCCUGCAUACAUUGUCCAUUUGACCACUUGGAAACCUUUUCUGCUUGUGUUUUAUUUACAAGUGCGUUAGUUGUAAAAGUGGUGGACUGUGGGUUUGUGUGUCGGGGGGAAGGGCUUUAGAGGUCAGUGUGUUUUUGGAAAUGGGAAAUAUUUGUCCCAUAGAUUCCAGUGAGGCCUGACUGUCUGUUCCUAGGGUGCAUAGUCUUCAUUGUAGCAGCUCUUUCACUGUUGAGCUCUUUAUUCUUGUCAGCCGUGCAUCUCAAUUAACACACUGGGGAGCUUUGUGUGGAGAGAGCUGUCUAUGUGUUUGCGCACUUGUGUGUAUGUCUUUACAGGAGUGUGCUCGUGCAUGUUUCUAUCUGAGGGAAGGGAGUGUGAAUGUGUGUGUUUGCUUUGUGCAUGGAUGCAUAAUGGCAGUGAAAAAGAGAGAAUGGGACUUAGGCACGGGGGGAAUGAGGGUGUAGACAUGGAGUGAAUGUGAGGAAAAAUGGAGGAGUAUUUGGAGCCCAAACAGAGAGGAGGAACUCUGUCACAGAUGGACGUUUCUUAGCUUGUGAUAUGAUGAACAGCUCCUUGUCCACAGGAACAGACAGGCGUUUAGGAAAGAGUGACUAAUUCUUGGACCCCAGCUGCUGUGGAUGGGCUCUCCUGUUUUCCAUUGUUGAAGUGUGUGAAGAGGCUGCUGAUGCUGGCAGUGUGAUCAGUAGCAGAGCGAGCCUGGCAAAUCCGCCUUCUUGUCUUCAGGGAUCCUCAGACACAUGAUUGAUUGUCCGGUGAGGUAGAGGCCGUUCUUGGCUUCGCUGAUAGUGUUUGCUGAUAAAAGGCUGGCUGUGGAUCAUAAACCUACUUUAAGAAAGCAUCUUAAUGAAUUAAUUGAGCCAUUGUUUGUAUAGUUUAGUCGUUGGUAAUCCAGAUUAGAUUCUUUGUCUUUAUGUAUCUUGAAAGUCAUGUAAAACCACCAAAAGAAGGCAUUAGCUAGAUAGUUCACCAUCAUGUUGGUCUACCAGGUGCUCAGGUAAUGUUGGCACUGCUGUCUUCUUUUGACAGGCAAAAGAAAAGUCAGAGUUUAACUUGUGAAAUAAAUGCUGAUUCAAACAGUACUCAGCAGGAAGCUUUUGGAUCCCUUAUAUUCACCUUGCACUUUUCACAUUGCAACGCCAGGGAAGGGGUUAUACCACUUUGCAAAAAGUUUAGCCCAACACUGUGUAUUUUGUUGCUCCUGCACUGAUUCUCACUGUUACUGUUUCUGGUACUGUUUCUCAGUACCCCCAGCCACCACUCUGCAAUGCCUGGAAGUCAGCGUGCCUUGUAUGCCCUGUCUUUACCUGCUGUCCUGUUGACAAAGCAUCAGGCUCCAUUGUCUCCUUUUGGAGAUGUGGGGCCCAAAGAGCAGCAUUUAAAUGCAUGCUUUCAGACAGGGUGGUGGGUCUGAUUACUGUGCUUGCUUUUAAAAAAAGAAAAAAAUAUAUAUAUUUUUUUGUUUUUUUCCGUGCCUUCAUUUAAGAGGCGAGGACUGUGGCUAUAGCAUGAAAUGGCGAGAGAGAGAGAGAGAGAGAGAGAGCUGAGAGUGACAUGCUGGACAGGAGCUGCAGGCCAAAAUCCAACCCCAACCGUCAGCUUGAGGCAUAACCUCCAUAUAUGGGGCACAUGCCUAGACCACUAGGCCUGUGGUGCCCCACAGUGCUUGCUUUUUCGCUUGUUCUGUUUUCAGAAGUGGGCAGCAUACAGUCUGAGACAUAUGAGUAUUUUCCUACUCCCCCCUUCUUAGUAUAGAUGUGCUUGUGCUCAUGCUUUGACAUGCUUUUUUCCCUAACAGCCAGAUAAAUUGUGAUGUAUAUUGUCAUGUAAAUUCAUAAGGCUACUUAUUCUUCUCUGGUGCUCUGUUUUGUCUCUGUCUUGUGUGUGUAUGAGUGUAUUGACGCACCGUAUGUAUGGGUCUGCUAGUCUGCACACGUGCGUCAUUAACAAGAGCACUCUAAAGCUCAGUGCAGCAGGGCAGAAGCAUAAACACAGCACUGUUUGUUAUUAUUCUUGACGCUCAGACUCAGUUAAUGCUUAAUCUUCAGGAUGAAAAAAGACAUACAAACAUGCUCGAUCAGUUCCCAUUACUAGGCAACCAGGCAGACAUAGGCUCACUCAACAUUUGUGAAAGCAAAGCACAAGGCAAUCUGAGUAACUAAAACACAUCGAUAGAUUCUCUGUCAAGAUGAGUUGUAGUAACCAGCAGUGGAUCCAUUUAGCUAUUAAAAACAAGUAUAUCCUGUGGUGUGUCAUGUAGUUUUAGUAAAUGUUACGAUAAAGGGUAAAAGCUCUACAUUCUAGAUAUAAAAUAGACAAUAUUAUAGCAGAGUGUUAAAAAGGACUCCGCUUAUAUUCCAAGACACAUGGGUAAGUCCUUAUGCAGUCAACAAUGCUUUAAACUCCACAUUUAUUAUGGUCAUUUUGUGCCUGAACUCCCAUUAUAGAAAUGUUUAUCUCAUGCAUCUCAUGGUCUUUUUGUUCACAGACACAAAAGGCUGGUAUUCAGGUCCCGUUGCUUUGUACUGUAAAGUGGAGGCCUCUCCUCUCUUAGCAAGCCCUUUUAGGCAGCCUAAGAUCAAUGCCUAGAUAUUCAUGCUGCGAUCGCAGGAAGGUGUUUGAAGGCCGGGAGACUGCCAACCUCACAAAAGAGAAAUGCUUUGAUUCCCUCGCCCAGCUUUAACAUUGAUCUAUUCAUGUUAAUAUAGAAACAGAUGAGAGGAACCCUCCCAAAGAGCCACCUUACUCUGGGUUAAUCAUAUUAUGUCAUGGCAAUGUCUGCUUAUCAACACUCCACUGCGCUUUAUGAUAUACUCUGCCUGACUUAUGUUACAGUAUGCAAUUUGUUAUGUGGUUUUUAGUGACACUGAAGGAGAAACAUAUUCUCACAGAAGCUUAAGCGCAUAUCUUUAUAAAUAUUAAUUCAGCAUUUUUUCUCCAUUUCCUGAAACCACCAUAGUGCAGUAGCGUUGUACGCACUCCAACACUUGCGCAGUAGCAUUGUACGCAUUCGGCAGGAGAGUCGCUGUGAUGACACUCGGCUCAAACAGCGUAUCCCCUGGGUGAGCUACGCAAUCCUUGUACGCCCAUAGGCUGUAUCAGGUGUCAAUCAUAGAAAACAUGAACCCCUUAAUAACUUUUAUAAAUGGAGCUGUACAGAAAAAAGAGGACUUGAGCACAAACCAGUCUUACAGUAACUACAUGUUAACAUCACAAGCAGGGGGACAAAAUUAUGUUCUUUGUAAUAAAUUUCUAAAGUUUGUCCACAGCUCCAUAAGAUUUGCUGGCGGAGGCGGGAUUUAUGACUUUUACUGCAGCCCGUCAACAGAGGGUGUUGUUCUCGGAGUGGUUUCACCUAGCGAGUCGGCAGACGGUGUCCAUUCUAUAUACAGUCUAUGGUUAGUGAUCAUUAGACUACUAGUGUGAGAUUGAAACUAAAUCAAAAUGUUGUAAACUUGCAUACCAUAAUAGAGUCUCCAAACAGUUUAGAUGAAACAUUGGUUUCACUACGAGUUUACUGGUCAGUGAAUACUCAUUAUGGAAUAGAUAGCUAUAACCUUACCUGUGGAUUAUGUAAACAAAGUGAAUGCUUCAGUUUAUGGUCAAAUCAGAACAGUUGCCUGCUUCUCCAUUGAAUUACAUCAAACUAGGUAACCAGGACUUCUGUAAGAGUAUUUCCUGUUUACAUUUCUGCGGCCCCCUUGUUUUUGUUGCAGUGUAAACUGGUAGCUGUGAAGUGUAUUAGGCUCCUUUGCACAGAUGUGCCUGCUGAUAACCACUGACUGUUGUUAUGAGGUUUUGAUAAGUCAAGGGAAAUUCCCCCCAAAGUCUCGUGAUUCAGUCUGUGUGAGUAAACAAACAGCUGAUGCUCUAAUUGACUGAUAAAAUGUUCUUCACAGAAAACAUGUCUCUGUAAAAUCAGGGUUCCCACUUCACCUCUGAUUCAUUUUUUUCCCACUCAUGGGACAUUGUUAGAGCUCUGUUUUCAGAGCGGUACACAAUUAUCACCUUAUUACAAAUUAUUUACACGUACACACACACACAUCCACCCUAACAUUCACAUGGGAAUGAAAGUCAUCAGCUCAACAGGAAUGAAAUCAGUCGGUCAGAUUUUUUUAUUUAGAUUUUAAAUACCUUCUCUGUGUGGUAAAGUGAUGAGAUCCCUGAUUUGUUCAACCUCAUCGCCCUUGGAGCAGGACUCAAGCACUAAAUUGAGUUAGGAUUACAAUGGGCAUUAACAGGCACUCAGUCACACACUGCACAGGCAUACUCGUGUGGACGUGUGCACACAAUCUCUGUCUCAUUUCAAAGAUGCAUGGUCAUUUUUUUUACGAUAAAAGAGAUAAAGAUAUCCUUUGAAAAAUGACAAAAUGAUAGAAGACUGAAAGAGAUGAUUACCUAAAAUAAUUAUCACAAAUCACUGGUGUUUAUUUCUGUGUCUCUUUUGUUUUAUUCCAGGUUGUCUCUCUCAAUGCCUGAGGCUGUACCCUGACACUGUCAUCUGUUCAACAUCUCUCCCCCAACCCUCCAUCCAGCUCUCCUUCCCUCCUCCUCCUCCUCCUCCUCCUCAUCCACCUCCUCCUCAACCUGUGGCCUAUUUAUACCCCAGAGACUCAGAAGAGCCCAUUAAAGCUCCACAGACCUCUUCAGCUAGGAGACAGCAGUGAGUGUGCAGCUGAUAACACAUGGUCGAUCUGAUCACUCCAGCAUCAUCACAUUUCCCUCAACAGCUACAAAUAAAGGAGGGUUUUAAGCGCUGGGGAUUCCUCAAAUGCAACAAGACCACAGCUGGGUCCAGCCUCGGAUGUGAGCUGUGGAUUCUACAUGUUUAAAUGAGCGUUUACAGAUCUGCAGACUGGGAUCAUUUUUGGAUGCUGCAUUCACUUGGAUUCACAGACUGGAGCUUGUGGGCUUUUAAUGUUGAAGACCAGAAACUUUUGACGCAAUUGCCUGUUUGGCUAUGAGUUACAUGCAGGGAUAAUAAAGAAUUAACCUUUUAAAUGGCUCACACAUCUGAAGGUAGGUUACGAGUUUUGAUUCUCAUGAAAGUUUCAUGAUCAACCUGUACAUAUGAUUUACAAAGAUGGGUCUAUGCCAAUGGGAAAAAAAUAUAGGUUUUCUGCAUAUAAGAUCAUUUAAAAGCGCCAUUAAUGGAUAUUGAAUUUUUAGCUGCUGGUUAUUUGAAUUUCUUUUUUUUUGAUGAUGUGGAAAAUAUUGGUAUUUAUUUGAACAUGAUACUGAGGUUUAUCAUACCUUUGACAUAUUUAUGUUAAAUGUAAGGACAAUUUCAGGAGUAAGAUUCAAAAAGAUGCUGGUGCACAUGGAUCACCUAUAUUUGUGCAACCCAAACCGAACACUCAAGUAGGAAUCAGUCUUGAAAUUUUACCAGAGAAGAAGAGAAACUAACCAGAAGAAUAAAAUGUUGUUUUCUUGUGGCUUCAGCCCUUUCACAACUCCAGCCAUGAGGUAAGUCCACACCACCCUGGGUGUCCCUCGCAGGAUGACUGCUGUCUGCCCCUCAGAGAGCAGCCCAGAAGGGGCCGAAGCUGGGACUGGGACAGCAGGCUCCAGGGGAUCAGGGGCAGCAGGAAACACUCGGAGCAUCUCAGUGUCUGUGGCUGAGACCUCGAACGAGUCUAAUGGAGACUCUGUCAGAGGUUCAGUCGGAGGCACAGCUGCGGCCACCGGGGGCCAGAGGUACUCCCGCUGGAGCCGGCAGGACAGUUCAGACAUUAACACAGACGAUGAGGGGGCUACCAUUCGUAGACUCACCCCGCUAGAGAGGCUCAACCUCGAUAUGUGCCAGGAUGAGAGGUGGGCUCAGGAGAUGAAAAACCUUUUCAUAUUUCCUCUGUGGCAUUUUGUUAUUUUAGAUUCAGGAUUAUUUUGAUUUGUUGUUUUAUUUUUUUCUAGCCAGGAGCUUAAAUUCUAACUCUACUCAAGUUUAUGAUAGGAACUAUUUCAAAUCCUCCGCUAUGCACUCUGGUCACAGGGUGGUCCGUGAGCUGACAGUUGGCAGGAGAAUUGGCUUCUACAAAAUCCGUGGAGAGAUUGGAUGUGGAAAUUUCUCGCAUGUUAAGCUUGGAAUUCACGCUCUCACCAAAGGUAAGAUACAGUAAGACAUCCAAGAAACAUAUUUUAUGUAAUUUAACUUUUAAGGUAAUUUUAAGACUUUUGACACAAACUGACGUAUAAAUGCCCUAUCACAUAUAAAGAUUCAAAAUAGGGGAAAAAGCAACAGAUACAACAGCCCGACUGAAACAAAAAAUAAGCAAUAAAUCAAACUCUGGAGUCAGCUACAGGGGCAGUGGUUUUGCUCAGUUAGCGAGGCAGGCGCUCCAUGUAUACAAGCUGCAGUCCUCCCUGCACUGGUCAUAGGAUUGAUCCCUGAUCGCAACAGUAUUUAGUGUAUGUCUCUUCCCUGAUUACAGGAGACAUAAUCUGUUUCUCUUAAGCUGUCCUUUCCAAUAAAGAUAUAAAGCCAACAAAUAACCUUUAAAGGCAUUCAUAAUGUUCCCCUGAUGAGAUUAAACCUGAAAUUUGAUCAUAGAGGGUCAGCAGUUUGACUUAAUAGGCGUUUUUAAACACAUCCAUCUUGAGGAAUAAAAUCCUUAGUUCACUUCCUGUUUCCUCUUUACUCUGAGAUUUAAGAGAUAAUUUGGCUAAUGAGCUGUCUCCAUCAAUGGGCUGCAACACUGACAACUGUGUCCUUAUGAAGCAAUUCACUAAAAAGGCGAUGUGUGCACCAGGCCAGAGGGCUGAUACAGCCACAAAGAGACAGACUGUCUGCUGCCCUUGAGCAGAUGGAUUGAUUAGAGAUCUCCAGUUUCCUUAGCGACGGCUAAAAUUGCUGCACGUCUCAUCAAAGGCUAAAGAGAGGCAGUAAAAUGACUGUGUGUGUAGCUGUGUGUGCACGCUCAGUGGUUUUUAGGGUUGUCUGCGCUUCAUUGUCUAUGCCAGGUCAUGUUUGUGUGUGUGCGUAUGUGCGUGUGUAGGUGGUAUCAUUUAGCCCAUACACAAUAUGAGCUGCGAUGCAUUUUGGAUGCCCCUAUUGAGAGCUGAAAGAGAGCCCAAUACAAGCCUGAAUAAUGCAUACUGAUGCACAAUUAGAUAUCUCAACACCAUUUUGCCUCUUAAAAACUUUUCUGUAUUCAGUUACCUUGGGUCUGUUUUCUCCUCUUUAUGAAUCAUUAAGCAGAAUACAGUACAGAUAUCAGUGUGAAUUUGAUACGCCAGCUGCAUGAACGCACAAGUUUUAUAAUUUGCUCUUCAGUGUCCUCUCAAAACAGUUUAAUCGGAAUAAGUCGUCUGAUGAAUUAGCCGGGGUACAGCUUGAGGCUUGGUCACUUAAAGAGCAACCCUGUGUACAUUCACUGGAAACAGACUCAGACAACAUAUCUUCUAUCUGCUUAGGAAAUUUACACAAAGCAUUCACAUUCAUAUAAAACAACUUAUGCUUUGGCUACCAGGAAUGUAGAGGUAUUUAAGCAUUGUCUUUCUUUGUACACAUUUGUUUCUUGGUGAAAUAAAAGCCAUAUUAAGUAUCUCUCAGCAUCACUUGUCAAACUGUCAUCGCUCAUCUUUCAGCGAUCACUUAGCUUCAUUUUUUCCAUCGCCUUUUCCAGAUAAAGUGGCCAUAAAAAUCCUUGAUAAAACCAAGCUGGACCAGAAGACCCAAAGACUGCUGUCUAGAGAGAUCUCCAGCAUGGAGAAACUACACCAUCCCAACAUCAUACGCCUUUAUGAGGUCUGAUUCCUUUACAUUCUCAAAUUGACUCACAUUCAUUUUUGUGUUGGUGAUGAUUUAUAUCCUCUGAUUUCAAGGGGCUGUUUAGAGCCAUCACUCCACAGCUCCAGCCUCUUUAGUACUGCUUUAAUAAUGCUAAAUAAAGCACUCUGAUGUGCUUUUGUUCUGUUUCCUUUUGUAGGUGGUGGAGACGUUGUCACGGUUACAUCUGGUGAUGGAGUAUGCAGGAGGCGGGGAGCUCUACACCAAGAUUACUACUGAGGGGAAACUUUCCGAUACAGAGAGCAAGAUCGUCUUUGCUCAAAUCCUUUCUGCUGUUAAACACAUGGUCAGUAAAAGAAUAAAUUCAAGUUUUAAAUUGUCUGAUAUAAUAAGUAAAACCAUUUAAAAUGAACUCCUGAGAAUAUAGAUAAAAAGACUCAAUUAAAAUGAAUGUCCUGUCCUUGUUCAUCUCAUAUAUAUACAGCAAACUUAUCACUACUUACUUUUUUUCUUUUUAAUGAAGGAGGACUUUUCCUCCCUCACGACCGCCCUCAAACUGCCUACAACCAAAGCGUAACAAUGCUGCAAGAGUACAAACUAGGUCGUACGAACUCAUAUCAACCCGUACUAAGAUUCCUAAGAGGUGCUUUUGGAAUAUAGUUAAAUAUACCAACUCUCAGUGACAGAUCCUGCAGAGUCAGGCCCAGACUUAAUUUGUGGAAUUAAUGAAGUCCCAUCAGCAAACCUGUUCCCUCAGGUCUCAGUGGCUUGAAUUCAGUUCCAUGCACACACUUUUGAGUGCCACUUGCAGGUUAGAUUUCUUAUGUGAAAUGUGGUCGUUUUCACUUCACCUGGGUCUCAUUGCUCCUCAGUUUAGUGACCCUCCUGUGCUGUUAUGACUUGAGAAGUUGUUGUUGUGUAUUGACUCAUAUGUGUCUUUGAAUGAACAAUUUCUCCACUGGUGUCUCCAACCUGCAAAUUACACCAGCCUGUGGUGGCAGAAGGUUCAAGACUACUGCUUCAAACUGUGGGAUGAUCAGAAGCAGUGCACUCUGCAGGAUCUGUUGAUGGCUUGAAAAAGCUGCCAAAAUAUACCUGUUGAAGCAGGCAUUUGGCUGGCUACCUAUCAAACUCUUUAAUUGUUUAACUUGUCGUAAAUUGUUUUUUACUCAGAGGAAUCUUUGUUCUUUAAACCUGUGGCUCUUGUGACCUUCAAGACGCUUAUUUUUAACAUUGUCUGUGUGUCUGAGUAACACAGACAGUGAAACAUUUUGAUUUGUCGCUUUGACUCAAGGCUAUUGCUGCUAUUUUUGGAGUAUCCUCACCGCCAGCGUAAUAACUCAUUAAUAAUCUUAAAGUCCUGCAUUUCACAGAAUUGGUUCAUAAGUGUAUUUACUCACACAAGUCCUAGUAUUUAUGACCCAUAUCUACCACAGAAUUUGAUGUUAAAUUUUGAUAUUUUGACAUGAUUGUAAGAACCCUAAUGAUGAUUUGUGUUAUAGAAAUGUGGUAUUUACAUAACGUAUUCUGUUUUUUCUCUCAGCAUGAAAAUGAUAUCAUCCACCGUGACCUAAAAGCAGAAAAUGUCUUCUACACCAGCAGCUCUUGUGUUAAAGUGGGGGACUUUGGUUUCAGCACUCUGAGCCGCCGUAAUGAGACACUCAACACGUUCUGCGGCUCUCCGCCUUACGCCGCACCUGAGCUCUUUCGAGAUGAGCACUAUGUUGGCAUCUUUGUGGACAUCUGGGCCCUCGGGGUGAUGCUGUUCUUUAUGGUGACCGGCACCAUGCCAUUCAGGGCUGACACUGUCGCUAAACUGAAGCGCUGCAUCCUAGAUGGGGCCUAUAUUCUCCCAUCAUGGGUGCCUGAGGCAUGCCAGAGGAUGAUAAGAGGAAUCCUCCAACCAGUACCAUCUGAACGCUGCACAGUGGAGCAGAUGAUGGGCUGUGAGUGGAUGCUCCCUGUGGACUUCCCUCGUGCCAUGGAACCCUUUAAAUUGGACCCAUCCUACCUAGCAGAGAGUGAUUUAGCUGAACUCCAGGAAGAGGAAAUUGAGGUAAAGACAGCCCUUGAAACUUUGGGAAUCUCCUCUGAACACAUUCUCAACAACCAGGGGAAAGACUGCAGGAGCUCCAUCACAGGGGUGUACAGGAUCCUGCUACACCGUUCUCACAAGAGACGGGCUGUUGAGAGCUUGCCUGCGGUAACACAGGCAGUUGGACCAACUACAACCAGUAAAAAGGAAAGACUUAAAGUGUACAGAAGUUUAAGGCAUACCUCUAAACUCUGUGUGGUUCUGUGACAAAAUGCUGUCCUCUGCUCUGUAAAUGACUUGAUUGUCUGGGGUGAGACUGCAUGAACUGCAUUAGAAAUAAAAACCUGCUUUACAGCCAGCAGUUGACAUUAAUUUCAUGUUAUAUAAUCCCAUACAACUCCUGAAAUCUGAGAUUUCAAACUCAAGUAUUUUUUCUAGGAAGUAUAAAUUAGUCUCUGUGAGAAUGUUGCAGGUAGAAAAAUGUAAUUCAUACCAUUUCACAGUGACAGCAUCUCAUGAUCAUCAUGAGAUAUGAAACCAUUAUGAAAUAUCAUCUCCUAGAAUGUAAUGGUGUAACUUUGGGAUUGGGUUGUGCAGGUCAUAACUUCAUAGCCCUCAAACACUCUGCUAGAACGCCAAUAAGCCCCUCUGAGAAUACAAUGUAGCAUAUUUUUGAAAGAAGAGGACAUUGUGCUGAGGCGAUAAAAAGGUGUAUAUGUGGUCAAUUCAUGGCAAGUGGUGUAUUUGAUGUUUACUUGCACUUUUCUUUGAUGCCUUAGUUUUCUGUCAUCGUAUGAAAUCAGACUUUAUUGUACUCCUUAAUGUUUGUGAUGAGAGAUGCCACAUCUUCCGUUCUAUUGUGAGGUAUCUCUAUGAGAUGUUACACUAAUUAAGCCGAGUGACCUUUCUCUAUUUCCCCUUUAAACUAAAAAAAAAAGCCAGUAAAUCAUAUUUAGCUUGGAAAACCAUUGGCUGGUUAUUCAUGCGGCAUAAACAAGAGCCCGCUAUCAACUCAGGCAAUUUCAGAAUGAGUUUGUGAUUAAGAGAUUUUUUAUGACCUGAUGCCAUCCUCAUGUGCAUAUAUUGAUUAAAAUCGAUUUGAAUGCACCAUAUUGUUUCUGUGAAUUAUUUCAUAAAGUAUACUAUUUAUAUGUGGUGAGAAAAGUGUUUGGAAAUUUUGUUCCACUUCUGUUUUGAUUUCUGAUUUCUGUUGUUUAGCUUCCACAAAGAGGUUGCUAGUCUUCCUGGGGUCCAAAAU